AACACAUCGAACUCUUUUCCAUUCCUUUCUUCGGCGCACGGCAGCUGUUGUUUCUGUAUCAGCGACUAUCUCGUUUACUCCUGAAACUAACCACCUUGAGACCUGAACAGUCGCCGAAUAUUCUGCCCAGGAAAUAGGGUUUUGCCAACAUGUCGUCUACCCUCGACGAGCUCCUCCAGGACUUUGAGGACUCUGGCUCCGAGGCCGGUGGCGAGGAGUAUGGCGAAGGUCUUCUAGGCGAUGGCGUUGACACGACUGGAGGCUCCGGCGUGGACGACGCACAUGUACCGAUGAAUGAUGAGGACCAAGACGAAGGCAUGGGCGACGGGGCAAGCGAGGACGAAGACGAAGCUAUGGGUGGCGUCGGCGCCGACAACUCGAAUGCUGUAGAAGAUCCCGAGGAAGCAAAAGCCAAGGUUGAAAAGAUGCAUCUGGGAGGAGUGCGAGAUGUUCGAACCGUUGCGACUCUUAUGAAGUCUCUAAAGCCAGUGCUCGAGAAAAUCGCACACUAUCAAGCACAACCCGCUCAGGCCAACGACGUCGGCCAUGUCGAAGAUCACCCGGAAUACAACCUCUUGACCAACGCCAAUAGACUGUCUACUCUGAUAGACAGUGAGGUGGCCCUUGUCCACAAGUUUGUGAGGGAUCACUUCUCCGCCAGAUUUGCUGCACUCGAGUCGCUAUUACCGAACCCAAUCGAAUACUGCAAGGUUGUUGCCAUCUUGGGCAAUUCCCCUAUGGACUCGGAGAGCAUGAAAGCGUUGCAGCUUUCCAUCGAUAACCCCCUGGGGUUAACCCUCAAGUCAGUCCUUGACGGACCAACCUUGAUGAUUGUCACGGUGGAAGCCACGGUUUCCAAGGGUCAAUUCCUGGGCGAAAAUGAGAUCCAGCGCGUCACAGAAGCGUGCUUGAUGGUGGUCGAUCUUGAUAAGGCUAAGAAGACCCUCACUGAGUACGUACAGUCUCGCAUGAACAUCUUUGCGCCGAACUUGACGGCUCUCAUCGGUUCCCUCACAGCAGCACAGCUUCUUAACCAAGCCGGCGGCCUGACUGGCCUUUCCAAAACUCCGGCCUGCAACCUCCCGGCUUGGGGCUCUAAGAAACAGACAAGUUCUGCUCUUGCCACCAAUGUCGGCAUCAGACAGCAGGGCUUCAUCUACCAGUCAGACAUCAUUCGUGGGAUUCCAACCGACCUCAAGAAACAGGCUAUGAAGAUGUUUGCAAACAAGAUUGUCAUGUGCGCGCGCACCGACUGCUUUCACCAGUUCAGGGAUGGGUCAGAAGGCGAACGACUAAAGGACGAAUGUCUAGACCGCCUAGAUAAGUUGCAGCAAAAGCCAAACAGCAAGGGCGCACGCGCUCUCCCGGCACCCGACGACAAGCCGAGUAGAAAGCGUGGUGGCCGACGCGCUCGUAAAGCCAAGGAGGCCACGGCCAUGACGGAAUUGCGCAAGGCUCAGAACCGUAUGGCCUUUGGCAAAGAGGAGAAGGAAGUCGGUUAUGGCACGGGCGACGCUACCGCUGGCAUGGGCAUGAUUGGCCAGCGCGACGAUGGACGUCUACGGGUCACGCAAAUCGACCAGCGCACGCGUGCCAAGUUGAGUGCAAAGAGCAAGGGCUGGGGUGGUGCCAGCUCGCUCAAUGGCGGCGCCGCAUCAUCUCUCAGAGGGCUUGCUGGCGGUGGCAGCGGCAUUGGCAACAUCAAUUUGGCUGCCAGCAAGGGCUUGCGGACGUCAGGCGUUGGUACUACGGUGGGCAGCGCCACCGCCGGAACGGUAUCGUCGUUGGCGUUUACGCCUAUGCAAGGCUUAGAGCUCGUUGAUCCAAAGGUGCAAUACGAGCUUAGCAGGAAGCGCAAAGCAGACGAGGACCGCUGGUUCAAGGGCGGCACAUUCACCCAAGUUGGCAACUCGGGUGGCGCCGGUGAAUUUAAGAAGCCUGCAUUGCCCCCAAGCAAGAAGCAAGAUACGGGAGCGACGAAGUGAUACCUGUACAUGGAGACGGUGGACGAGCCGGCCGAUGAAAGCGUACACGCCGGUGACCAAGCGUGGCCCCCUAACCUCAAUCCCGUUGGGGUGGCUCGGUGUGUCCCUGGUCAGUUGGAUACUCUGAAGGGAGAAGUAUUCGAGCCAAUACCGGCUAAGCUAAAGUUUGCACAACUCAUGUCAUUCUAGAUUAUAAUCAUAUCGUGGACUCGGCGAUUUAUAAGGGCCAUGCUGCUAGGGAGAAAAAAAUUCAGGGAAGUGAUCACAUUCCAUUUGCAAC